UUAGAUAAAUAAAAGAAUGAAAUAGCGAAACGUCAUUUCAUGUUUUUAUUUCUUUCAAAAGGAAUAUAAAGGCGAACGCGUCUGAUUCAGAAAUAGAAUAGUGGUUACAGAGUUUUCAAAAGCCUUUGAUUAUAAACUACAUCUGAAUCAAAGCGGAAAAUUUGAUUGAAUCAAAAAGACAAGUUUAAUAAUUACUAUGCGUCCACGUACUGUAUCUGCUGUUGAGCGACCAGCUGCAUCGAAACUUUUAACUGACGACGAUCGUCGAAAUUCACUGUGUGAAACACAUACCAACAAAGAAGAAUUCGUAGAAGAAAAGUUAGAAAAGUAUCGGAUAUUGCUGGAAAGGGAAUAUGAACUAAAAACAAGAAUGCUUCGCACUUACGCAGAGGCGAACAGAAGAUGUGCAUCAUGUUGUGACUGUGGAAAACAAAUUCAUGCAUCUAGUACACGAGAACAUUCCCUUUCUAACGUUUAUCGACAUCAAAACGAGGAAAGAUCGAGAAAUCGUUCUCGGAGACCGCUUUCAGCUGACAAUAUCGACAUGAAGAAUGCAUUUGCACUUCGCAAAAUUACGGCAGACGAAAAAGCUAACCGACGGAGAGAAAGCAUACGAUCACUUGAGCAGGAUUUCGUACGUGCUAGGUCAUUGAUGCGACGCUCAAGGAAGAUAUCAUCUAAUGACAGUUUAAACGAAUCGUUGAAUGAGAGCAGUGAACAGAUAGCUUCGUCGAGCGAAUCUUUGAAAGAUAUUCGGGAAAUCGAGGCACCAAUACGACAGAGACCCAUCUCAAGCUGCAUUUGAAUGGGAAGAUAGAGAUUUUUGUAAAUAAUACAUAUACAUAUAUAGUACAUUUUUGUACUGCUUUUUUCUGUAUUGCUUUUAAGUGUUGUUGAAAAAUAUGUUGUCAAAUUUGCACCUAAUGGACACCAACAUAAAGUCAAGAAGUGUUUCAUUUUUAUAGAAUAUUUUUGAUUUAAAAGCAUUUAAAUAAAUCAAUACAUUAAUUGUCUAUUCUGCGCUAGUCAUAUUAAAUUGAUGAAAAUACUUUUGAUUCACAGCACAUUGGCGAAGUUGC